GGGAUUUAUAUUGAGUCCACAUAUAUAAGUAUAAGAGUUGAAAGAUAAUCCACUAAUCAUCUACAGAAGUCAAACAAUUGUAAAAUAAAUGGCUUAUACGAAAUUAGAUGGUUCCUAGUUAGUCUUAUUUUCUAGUUGGUUUGAAAACUAUUCAAACUUUUUAGUUUCUUCCUGGUACUUGAGGGGAAAGAAGUGAGCAAUGAACACUUGAAAUUUAAAUAACGUUUUCACACCAAGUCGUUGGUUUUAUAUUGUGAUUCUUUGAAUUUAUUACCAUCAUGGACCCCUACAAUCUCACAAAGACUGCCCCACUUGUGUCUGCUACUGGGUUUUAUAAUAGUUUUUGAUCAACAAGUUGUGUUCUUUCUGCUGUUGGAUAUUGAACUAGUUCAAAGACCACACUGCUUUUGAAUGAUUCCAGGGUCAAGUUAGAUUGACCCUUUCCAUUUUAGACUCAUUACAUUCUGUGGUUUUCUCAUAGAUUUCAGAAGAAGAAAAAAGCUUCAAGCGUCCAUGGAACAUGUCAGAGUUAUCUUUUUCUUCUUUGCUUGUGUCCUAACGUUUGUACCAUUUAUCUGCUCAGCACAGACGGAUAAAUAUGAGUUUCCUCCAAGUUUCAACUGUGUAGCUAGUGGAGGCAAUUUCACGGCCAACAGCACUUUCGCCGAUAAUCUCAACGGCCUUGUCUCCUCUCUUUCUUCACUCACAUCCAAACCUUAUGGCUUCUACAACCUCUCUUCUGGAGAUUCAUCUGGAGAAAGAGCUUAUGCAAUUGCUCUGUGUAGAAGAGAAGUAAAAAGAGAUGAUUGUCUCAGCUGCAUUCAGAUAGCUGCAAGAAACCUUAUCGAGCAGUGUCCGCGGACAAAACAAGCUGUUGUGUGGUACACGCACUGUAUGUUUCGUUACUCGAACAUGAUAAUCUAUGGAAGAAAAGAGACGACCCCAACUCUGUCUUUUCAAGCCGGUAAAAAUAUAUCAGCAAACAGAGAUGAGUUUGAUCGUCUGCAGAUAGAACUAUUGGACAGACUCAAAGGGAUUGCUGCAGCUGGUGGGCAUAGAAAAUACGCUCAAGGGAGCGGUUCGGGUGUGGCGGGGUACCCGCAAUUCUACGGAAGUGCGCACUGUACGCCGGAUUUGUCUGAACAGGAUUGUAAUGACUGUCUAGUCUUUGGUUUUGAAAGGAUCCCACGUUGUUGUGAUGGCCAGGUUGGUCUUAGGUGGUUUUUUCCUAGUUGUAGCUUCAGAUUUGAGACGUGGCGAUUCUAUGAGUUCGAUUCCGAUCUAGAGCCUGAUCCACCUGCUAUUCAGCCUGCUGACCCACCAACAUCAGCUGCAAGAACUGAGAGAACAGGAAAGGGCAAAGGUGGAUCUAAAGUCAUUAUCGCGAUAGUCGUCCCGAUAGUUCUUGUUGCGUUAUUUGCAAUUUGCCUAUGCUUGGUCUUGAAGUGGAAGAAGAACAAGUCUGGAGGUAGAGUCAAAGGACCAAAUGCAGAGGAUGAGUUCUCAGAUUCGUUGCUAGUUGACUUUGAAACUCUAAAGGCAGCAACAGAUAACUUUUCACCAGAAAACGAACUUGGACGUGGUGGCUUUGGCUCAGUUUAUAAGGGUGUGUUCUCGGGUGGGCAAGAAAUCGCGGUGAAAAGAUUAUCGUGUACUUCAGGACAAGGAGACAUUGAAUUCAAGAACGAAAUUUUACUACUUGCAAAGCUUCAACAUAGGAACUUGGUGAGGCUUCUAGGUUUCUGCAUAGAAGGACAAGAAAGAAUCCUUGUCUAUGAGUUCAUCAAGAACGCUAGUCUUGACAAUUUCAUCUUCGAUAUUGAGAAGCGUCAACUUUUGGAUUGGGGAGUGCGAUACAAAAUGAUAGGCGGAGUUGCUAGAGGACUUCUUUAUCUUCACGAAGACUCUCGUUACCGGAUUAUUCACCGUGAUCUUAAAGCUAGCAACAUUCUUUUGGACCAAGAAAUGAAUCCAAAAAUCGCAGAUUUUGGAUUAGCUAAACUCUUUGACACAGACCAAACUUCAACACAUCGAUUCACAAGCAAAAUUGCAGGAACUUACGGGUAUAUGGCUCCAGAAUACGCUAUUUACGGCCAAUUCUCGGUGAAAACAGACGUUUUCAGCUUCGGUGUAUUAGUCAUAGAGAUCAUUACAGGUAAGGGAAACAACAAUGGUCGAUCAAAUAAUGACGAAGAUGCAGAAAAUCUCCUUAGUUGGGUAUGGAGAUGUUGGAGAGAAGACAUUAUACUAAGCGUUAUUGAUCCGAGUUUAACCACGGGAUCAAGAAGCGAGAUCUUGAGGUGCAUACACAUUGGUCUUUUAUGUGUUCAAGAGAGUGCAGCGAGUAGACCAACAAUGGAUUCGGUUGCUCUAAUGCUCAAUAGCUAUUCCUAUACUCUUCCAACGCCUUCGAGGCCUGCCUUUGUGUCAGAGAGUGUCAUGCCUUCGAUUGUUUCUUCUUCGACAGAACCGUUACUAAUGUCGUUGAAUGAUGUCACUGUUUCUGAGUUAUCUCCUCGUUAGAAAGCUUAAUCUGCAUAUGUUUUAGUUUCUUCACUGAAAGCCCUUUUAAUGGGUUUUGUUUGUGUGAUUUUUUAGACAGCUUGUCUUCAUCUAGUUUUCAUUAUCUUAACUCCUAAAUAAUGUAGCUGUAGAAUUCAUGACUAAGCAUUGUGGACCCUUUAAGUAUUUUUAAAUGGAGAUUGGUGUUUGCUUA